AUGACCCAAGGUUGUUACACCUGUCGACGACGUCGCAUUAUAUGCGACAAUGGCCAGCCCACCUGCAGGAAGUGUCGGGAUGCGGGGAAAGAAUGUCUGGGGUAUAAAAAACCGCUGGUCUGGGUGAAAGGAGGUGUGGCCAGUCGGGGAAAGAUGAUGGGUCGCAGCUUCAACGACGCCGAGAAAUCAUCCAGUAAGCCCAAGCGGCAGCAAACCACAGAGAAACCCGACCCGGAACCGACGAGCAGUGGGUUUGGCUUUUUCUCUAUCGCCGAGUCUCAAUCCCCCUCCGAUGCCGAUUCUCACAGCUCCGGGACUCAGCCUAGCCCCGAGACCGAUGCUUGGACAUUUGAGGCCGAUAAUACAAUUCUCGGGGCCGAGUUUGAGCAGUUGGGUUUCAACGCCAUUGAGGAGCAGGACACGGCAAUCGUGCAUGUUCCUCGAGGCGCUCCUCCAGCGGAAUAUACCCCGACACCAUGGGGGCUGGUCGAUCCGCUUCUCAAGGAUCUUAGCCAGUUCUCUCGGUACUAUAUUCAUCACUACAAUCAAUACAUGGUGAACGAUUUCGCACUCUACUCCCAGCACAAAAAUCCCUUCCGGGAUCUUACCGCACUGGUCAACCAUUCCCCAGUCCUCGCUCAUAGCAUUACAGCUCUUGGAGCCCUACAUUACUCUCUUCUCUCGGAGUCGGACUCAUCACUUCUGCCUUGGUCAUCUGGGAACCUGGCAACGGCAGACUCCAAUCUGUCGGUCGAAGAAAUCGAAGAUAUUGUUGCGCCAGCAGGUUCGCGAAAGCCUUCAUCACAAGCAUAUCGGCAUUUCCUGGAAUUCAAACAGCGUGCUCUCCGCCAACUCUCUACAGAUCUCCGGAGUCCGGAAAUGCAGAAGGACGGUAGAACAAUAGCGGCUAUUGUUCUGCUUGCUUUCCUGGACAUCAUUGAAUCUGGUAGUGGAGCAUGGAGCACGCACAUUGAAGGCGCGAAAAAAUUACUCAAAAACCGGCCUGAGAAUGGCAUGGGUCAAGGUAUUCUGGAUGAUCUGGACGCUUUUGCCCUUGACGGCUGUUUGAUAAUGGAAAUCAUGGGAUCAACACUUGCUCGCCCAGGCGCGCUCUCGAAGCCCUUCUAUUCUUCAUCUAUGGGUCCCUCGAUCCUCAAACGCCUGGAAGAAAAUUCCUGGGUGGGAUGUCCCGCUUACCUCUUGGAAGUGAUCUUUUUCAUCCACUCCCUAUGGUAUCCAGACCCGGAGGCCGCUGCUACAAAGCCACAACCAACGGGUCUUCCAACCUCAAUCCAACCAGGCCAGCCCUUCACACUAGAAGCCUUCGCUAGCCUCCUCCAAGGGAUCCGCAACUUCGACCCUAUAUCCUGGAGUCAGAACAUGCAAGAUGUGUUCUUCAUUCCAGACCUCACCUACCGCCUCGCUCUGGCAACCUCAUACCAAGACGCCGUGUAUCUCUACACAAGCCGUGUAUUAUCCCGCUCACGAGAAGGCUUCUCGCCACCGUGGACAGAUGUCGGCAUGCCCACCGACCACCGACUCAUCACUACAAACCUCAUCACCCAAAUCUGCCUAGUCCCGGCUUCGGACCCUCAUUUCAAGUGUCUCAUUUGGCCAACUUUCAUUGCUGGUGCGGAGUGUCUUCCUUCACAACGAGCUCUUAUUCUUGAAAAGCUUGGUUCGCUCUAUGAGGCGAUCAUGAGUGUUAAUGUUCGCAAUGCUGCUUGGGUGCUACGUCUCAUGUGGCAGAAGCAGGAUCUCAAACGUCGUGAACAACGGGGCGAAGAAAGUUUUCCUGACGAUACUGCUGGCGCUGAUUAUAAUAAUAACGAGGAUGAUCUUGCUUUUGACUGGAUUGACGAGCUCGAUCAUUCGAGACUGGACUGGUUGUUCAUCUAA